GAUUACCGUCAACGUAAGAGCGGGAUCCACAAUCCCUUUUAGAUUCCAACGAACGACCUAGGCGAUCGACUGCGAAUCGUUUGUUUGUUUCAUGCUCCACUAACUCCGUCCAUACUCUGCAGUCUGCCUGCAGGACCCAGGUACUAUGAAUGCCAAUUUCCCCACCGUGACGAUAGAUGUCAUCCUCGACAGACACAGCGCCAAAGAGGUUCUCACCGCAAUCCUCCACUCGAUACUUUUCCACAGGCUAUUUGGCACCGUGAAGCCUCAAACAUUCGAAGUGCUUGAUGUCACCAUGUCGUCGUUACAGCCAGGCGUUUCGGAUCCUGAGAUGGAGCACCUCGUGACUGAAAAAGUGGAUAUCUUUUGGAAAGGCAUCGAAAGUGGAGCGAACAAGCGUGGUCAAAUCAUAGUAACAUUCUCGGAGAAAAGAGCAAAGAAGUCCUGGUUUCAGGUAUACGUCGGGGAGGAGGAAGUACCAUGGGAACAAUGGAUCGUGAACGUCGAGAUGCGACAACCCAAGUCGGAAGAUCGGCAAGAAUUCAAUGCAAACAUUGCAUCGGCACUUUUCAAGGCUUUGAACGUGAUGCUAACACAUACCUCGUCGGAGCGCGGGCGCACGGCGGUUCCUCUCAUCACGAACGCGACAGGGAUAUCUCCUUUUCCGAUCAAGAUUGUGGUUAAAGUUGGCGGGGUCGAGAUUGGUUAGCGUGUACAGCUUUUGAUGUUGUGCAGAAGGAUGUUGUAGAUGCGAUACGCACGAGAUGUAUGUUUAAGACCUUGCAUUGAUUUACUGGUGCCACUUAUCUUUGACAUUCGUCAUGGCUAUAACGCAUGUGAGAAGGUAGCAUUGUUUCACAAGGGCUCGAUGCAGAUCCCAGAGCUUAGCGCUUGGUGUCGUCCACCGGCGCUAGACAUGUACAUUUCAAGGCGUGCUCAUCCGUGUAGAAGUUUCCAAAGAAUCCCUCUUCCACUGACAUCGAAAGCGUUUAUCUGGCAGUCCGAUGGUUUGAAGCUUAUCACG